AUGUUCCAGCCGGCGCCCAAGCGCUGCUUCACCAUCGAGUCGCUGGUGGCCAAGGACAGUCCCCUGCCCGCCUCGCGCUCCGAAGAUCCCAUCCGUCCCGCGGCGCUCAGCUACGCCAACUCCAGCCCCAUAAACCCGUUCCUCAACGGCUUCCACUCGGCCGCCGCCGCCGCCGCCGCCGGCAGGGGCGUCUACUCCAACCCGGACUUGGUGUUCGCCGAGGCGGUCUCGCACCCGCCAAACCCGGCCGUGCCCGUGCACCCGGUGCCGCCGCCGCACGCCCUGGCCGCCCACCCCCUGCCCUCCUCGCACUCGCCACACCCCCUCUUCGCCUCGCAGCAGCGGGACCCGUCCACCUUCUACCCCUGGCUCAUCCAUCGCUAUCGAUAUCUGGGCCACCGCUUCCAAGGGAACGACACGAGCCCGGAGAGCUUCCUUUUGCACAACGCGCUGGCCCGAAAGCCGAAGCGGAUCCGCACCGCCUUUUCCCCGUCCCAGCUUCUGAGGCUGGAACACGCCUUCGAGAAGAACCACUACGUGGUGGGCGCCGAGAGGAAGCAGUUGGCGCACAGCCUCAGCCUCACGGAAACUCAGGUAAAAGUAUGGUUUCAGAACCGAAGGACGAAGUUCAAAAGGCAGAAGCUGGAGGAGGAAGGCUCAGAUUCGCAACAAAAGAAAAAAGGGACGCACCAUAUUAACCGGUGGAGGAUCGCCACUAAGCAGGCGAGUCCCGAGGAAAUAGAUGUGACCUCAGACGAUUAAAAACACAGACAGAACCCCACCGAAACGGACAUCACGGAGCAAAACAGAGACAGGGAGAGGAGGGGAAGACGGGAAAAAAAAAAAAAGAAAAAAAAAAACCUACAAAACAAAAACAAACCGCACACACACAUUCACGGAGAAGGGGAGAGGGAGUCAGAGAGAGGAGCCGCGGCGCGACGCAGAUGGGCGGCAGAACGCAGGGUCCCGAUCCGAGGCCGCGCCUAGAUGGCAGAAGACAGGAGGCUCCUUGAUGAACACGCUACCCUUGUCUAAAGAGGCAGCUGAGUGAGUGAGGCAGAAAGAGAGACAGAGAGAGAGAGAGUGGUCCUGAGGUGGCAAAGCCGAAGGCGCUCUGACAAGGGGAGCUGUCAGUCAAACGCCAAACCAGCGAGACAAGAUGAUUGGCAGGUAUUCCGUUUAUCGCAGUCCGAUUUAUUUUUUAAAAAAUGAUGAUAAUGGUGAUGAUAAAAGAAAAAAAAAAAAAACAAACCCAACCAGGCACAGGACUUUAAAAUUUUGCCCUUCGAAGUGUUUCCCCCCCCCCAAUCUUUAAAAAUAAUUAGUAAUAAUAACAAUCGAGAUUCCAUAUCCAGCCCCAUCCCACACCUGUUCAAAAACUUGAAUUGCAUGUAGCAGUUGUUGGGCGAAUGGUGUCUAAAGACAGAAAAUGAAUUGUAAUUUUCUUUUCCUUUUAAAGACAGGUUCUGUGUGUUUUUUAUUUUGAUUUUUUUUCAAGAAAUGUGCAGUUUGUAAACACUUUUUGAUACCUUCUGAUGUCAAAGUGAUUGUGAAAGCUAAAUGAGGUAGGCUCAGCAAUAGCGGUCCUCUUUCAGAGAAACGGGGAACAGGAUGGGGGGCUGGGGGUGGAGGGGGAGGGUGCCCAUAAGAGGAGUCAGAACUUGUGCUGGGAAAAGAAACAAGAAAAAAAAAAACCUAAAUUUUAUUUCUUGGACAUUCCCUUUCCUAACAUCCCGAGGCUUAAAACCACAAAGUAAACUUCUCCUUUUAGUCAUUGAAGAUAUUGGCCGAAUUCAACCAUUUGCCGUAAAGGCCAUUCCAAACUUUAAAUCUAUAUAUUGCAAAAAUUGAAGGACUGUAGUUAGCGGGGAUGAUGUUAAGUGUGGCCAAGGACACUGCGGCAAGUUUUCAAGCACUGAGUUUCUAUUUCAAGAUCAUAGACUUACUAAAGAGAGUGACAAAUGCUUCCUUAAUGUCUUCUAUACCAGAAUGUAAAUAUUUUUGUGUUUUGUGUUAAUUUGUUAGAAUUCUAACACACUAUAUACUUCCAAGAAGUAUGUCAAUGUCAAUAUUUUGUCAAUAAAGAUUUAUCAAUAUGCCCUCAGA